AUGCUUCCCCUCGCAGUGUUUGUGAUUCCCAUCUUUCGCCACCCGGUGCCAGCCAACGCAUCGCGGCAGGAGUUCAGGGAGAGCAUCAGCACCACGUGGGCCGCUGUCGUGCAGCUGGAGUGGCGCGCGCGGAACAUACUCGACAUGCUGCAGGAUGGAGACGGCAGCGCCACAUACUCCUUUGCGCUCUACGACAGCACGGAGCCGGGCGAGCUGGUGCAGAUCUGCUCUGCCAUUCCACUCAUCUCAUACUCCCCACUCCACGUUACUCCAUGUUCCCACAUUCCCCACAUCUCCCCUUCAUCCCCCCCCACAGCUAGCAGCGCGUAUUCCUUUGCGCUCUACGACAGCACACAACCGGGCGAGCUGGUGCAGAUCUAUGGGCCGCAGGAGGUGCAGUGCAGGUGCGCGUAUUCCUUUGCGCUCUACGACAGCACGCAGCGGGGCGAGCUCGUGCAGAUCUUGGGCCCGCAGGAGCCGCAGGUGGUGAGCGGCGCACUCUUCCCCUACGUGCUGCCCUCCACCGCUCUGCCUCACAGUGACCACGUGGAGCCAUUCCCUGAGGGGCUGUUUGGUCGCACGUAUGAGGCGCACUGCAGUUUCGAAGGCGCAUACCCCAAGUGGGACCUGGUCUACGCACCCAUGCUGCUGGGUCUGCUGGUGCUGCUCGUGGCGCUGCUACUGUCUGCUAUGAUUGCAGUGAUGGCAUGGAAGCGGAGGCACAUGGCGGAGGGCGUGAGGGAGAUGGAGGUUUGCACAGCAGCACUGGAGAAAGCAGAGCACUGCAAGAGCGAGACCGUGGCUAACCUGUCACACGAGCUGCGCACGCCAAUCAUUGGCAUGAUAGGGAUGAUAGAGAUGCUGCUGGAGUCGCAACUGGAGGAGUGGCAAACAUCGGAUCUAAGGGAUGCGGGGGAGUGUGCGAGGGAGACGGUGGACCUCAUCAACCGCGUGCUCGACCUCGCCAAGCUGCAGGCCGGCCGCCUCCAGCUCGAGACUCUGCCGAUCUGCCUGCCCCGCGUGGCUCAGCACGCCGUCGCCCUCGCUGCUCAAGACGCCUGCGCCCGGGGGCUGAAAGUGUCUUGCCAUGUGGAUCCAAGCUUGCCGGACGUGCUGAUGGGCGAUCCAACGCGACUGACACAAGUCGUGGGCGAGAUCACAGCGAGCAACACUCUAGCGGGCGACAUCACCUUCCAUGUGUGGUGUGCCGCUCCUCCUCUCCACCAAGGCCCUCCCACAACCGCUUCUCGUCCGUCCACCCCUCGUCCCACCAUGCCCUGUCUCAUUACCUCUCGACCCACCACCCCUCAGCCAUCCACCUCUCGACCCACCACCCCUCAGCCAUCCACCUCUCGACCUGCCACCCCUCGUUUGCAAGGCACCACCUCACCGCUUUUAUCCCCCCUUGCUCUUCCCACCCCAUGGCAACCUCCCCCUCUCCCCAUUCCAUCUCACGUCCCUCAAAACUCCCACACCCUUCUCACCCCUCCAGCCUCACCACCAGCCCCUCAAACCCCUCCUCGCACCCCUCUAUCCCCCAAGACACCCCCAUUAUCUCCAGCCCCCGUGGCCCUCCAAUCCCCUCGCUCCCUCCCACUCCCUCACCCUCCCCCAUUAUCUCCAGCCCAUGCUGCCCCUCAAUCCCCGCGCUCCCUUCUAGCCAAUCGCACCCCACCGUUAUCUCCAGCCCCUGCUGCCCUGCUCGCCCCCACAGCCUGGCAGCAGCUGGCAGCGUGUGUGCGGCGAUUUCCCCCAGACACCCGCCUGGUGUGCACCCCUCAGCACCUCACAGCACCCCUGGGAAGUGGCUCCUCGAAAGCGGAGAGUCAGGGAGGGAGGCUGCUGGCAGGGCUGGCAGGGAUGGGAGGGCUGGGAGGGGCGGGAUGGCUGGCAGGGCUGGGCCUGCUGAAAGAGUGGGGAGGGGGGAAAGGUGCAGACGAAACUUGUGUGGGUGAGCGGCAAAGCGCAGUUGUGGAGAGUGGUGCGGAUGGGCAGGUGGAAGGUGGUAAAGGUGGGCGGUUAGAGAGGGAGGUGGCGGCGUGGGUGGAGGGGGCGUGCAGGGCGAGAGGGGAGGGCGAGUGGAUGGUGGUGAUGGCGUGUGAGGAUACGGGCGGUGGUAUACCACCCGAGGAGAUGCGGUGGGUGCUGGAUCCGUAUGGGAGCUCCACUGCUGCUGCCGCUGAUGCUGCUGAUGAUGAUGGUGCUGGUGGUGCUGGGCGUGGUGAUAGCAAGAAGCAACAACGAGGCACGGAGCCAAGGAGGGGCAGCAGAGCCACCCCUCUCACGCACGACGAGAGGGCUGCUGCUCGCCCUGCCUGGACGCCCUACCCUGUCCGCUUCCUCCUCUCCACCUCCCUCGUGGCGGAGAUGCGGGGAAGCAUGGCAGUGCUGUCAGACAGCGCCACAGGCACCACCAUCCUGCUGGCGCUGCCCCUCUCGGCACCCACCCCCCCAACCGAACCUGGGAACAGCAGCAGCAGGCGAUGGGAGUGGCGUGAGGGGCAAUCCAGAGGGCUGCAGCACUGGAUGGGGGUUCCCAGAGGGCUUUCCAGGAGCUCCUCUUUACACUCUGUCCCUUUGAGCCCAGUAAACCCUCUAAGCCCAGUUGCCCCUUUGAGCCCAUUAGCCCCGUUAAGCCCACUCAACCCUUUAAGCCCAGUAGCCCCUUUAAGCCCUGUAAGCCUGCGGCCACAAGCAAUGGCACAGCUGACUCUUCCCUCAGUACCGGGCAGCAUUGAGAGCAGCUUAAGGGGGAGCAGCACAGGGGUUGUGGGGGGGGUUGCUGGGGGGAUUUGGGGCGGCGGUGCGGGCGCAGAAGCGGGGGUGCGGGCGGCGGUGGCGGGGCGGCGGGUGGCAGUGGUGGAUGACAACGCGGUGAACCGCAUGGUGGCGCGGCGAACGCUGCAGGGCUACGGGGCAGACGUGCUGCUGCUUUCUUCAGGAGAGGACACCCUGCAAGCUCUCUCCUCGCCCCCCUCUUCCUCCACGCCUCUCCAACUGCUGCUUCUGGACCUCCACAUGCCUCCUGGCAUCGACGGUUUGUGCCAUCUUGCCUCACCCCCACAUGCCCUCCCUGCUUCUGCCUCUCUCCCUGCUCUCUCCCUGCUCCCUGCUUCUUCCUCCCCGUUCAUGUCGCAACCCAAGUUGGAAUAUACGCAUCUGGAUGUUGGGGUGAAGCGAGCGUGCUUUGAGGCGGGGAUGGAUGGAGCCGUGCGCAAGCCGAUAGUGGCGCAUGAGCUGCUUGCAGCACUCGUGGAUGCGGGCUUUGCAGAUAUUGAGAUGGACGAUGCACUCGUAUUGUAG